CAAGGCAACCUGCAAAGACGCUGUGGUAUGACCGCCCACGGUAUGUCUACCUGGAGUUCUGUGUCGAGGACAGCAUGGAUGUUAAGGUCAUCAUUGAGGACCAGCGGUGCUGGUGUUCAGUUGCAAAAAUGCAGACGGCAUGGAGUUCUACAACGAGAUCAACCUGUAUGCCAGGGUCAACUCCAAGGACUCACGGGAAAAGCGCUCUGACCGCUCCAUCACGUGUUUUAUGAGGAAGUGGAAAGAGAAAGUGGCCUGGCCUCGCAUCACCAAGGAGAACAUCAAGCCGGCCUGGCUCUUCGUGGAUUUUGACAACUGGCGAGACUGGGAAGGGGACGAGGAGGUAGAGAGGGCCAUGGUGGAGCAGUAUGCAGAGCUCCUGGAGAAGGUAACGGACAAAGGCCCCCCCCCGGCCAUGGACGACCUGGAU